CUCCUCCCUCAGGCCGGUCAGCGUGCCAGUGCGUAACAACUUGUCUCUCGCUUGUUUCUCAUCUCUGUCCUCAACAUGUGACGCGGGAUCCAAGCUCGCCGUUUGCCUGCAGCGUUACUUUGGUGAUGGUGAACAAGUAGGUUCCUAAGUACUUCCACUGCACCGCAAGGAGGAUUGGAUGCAGUUGUAACAAUGGUCACAUUAAGGUGGGGGGCAUGGGCCCUCUCUCCUUGCAGUGUUGUGCUGCUCACGUGUGGCCUUGUGUGUCUGUCCCAGCCGCCCUCUAUGAAACUUGAAGACUGUGAUCGAAAGGAGCAUCCAGUCGUGUCCAACCAAGGCCUGAAGACAUGGGUGUCGGAGUUCUCACACCCAGGAGUAAAGGACUUCUCUCAGUUGACCGUGGACAUGAGCAGGAAGCAGCUUAUUGUGGCAGCAAGAAACUUUCUAUUCCGACUUAGUUUGAGCAAUGUCUCCUUAAUACAGGCAACAGAAUGGGCACCCGAUGAAGACACAAUGCGCUCCUGCAAAAGCAAGGGGAAGUCUCAGGAGGAGUGUCAAAACUAUAUACGGGUGCUAUUGCUCAGUGGGAGAACGCUUGUCACGUGUGGGACCAAUGCUUUCACUCCUGUUUGUAUGAGCAGGCAGAUUGAUGACAUCAGUCAGGUGUUGGACACAGUGAACGGCGUUGCACGAUGCCCCUAUGACCCCCGCCACAACUCCACCGCCAUGAUUUCGGAGACUGGCGAGCUGUACGCUGCCACGGUGAUUGACUUCUCUGGACGUGACCCUGUCAUCUACAGGAGCCUGGGCAACAUGCACCCACUGCGCACGGCCCAGUACAACUCCAAGUGGCUCAAUGAGCCUCAAUUUGUGUCUGCUUAUGACAUUGGCCGAUUCGCGUACUUCUUCUUGAGGGAAACUGCUGUUGAAAACGACUGUGGAAAGAUGGUGUUCUCUCGCGUGGCCCGAGUGUGUAAAAACGACAUGGGCGGUCGUUUCCUGUUGGAGGACACCUGGACUACCUUCAUGAAGGCCCGACUAAACUGCUCACGCUCAGGAGAAAUUCCCUUUCAUUACAACGAACUACAGAGCACCUUCUACGUACCACAGCAGGACUUGAUCUAUGGCAUUUUCACUACUAAUGUCAACAGCAUGUCCGCAACUGCCGUUUGUGCCUUCAACCUGACUGCCAUCACGCAAGCUUUCAACGGACCUUUCCGCUACCAGGAGAACCCCCGCACUGCCUGGCUCUCUGCUCCAAAUCCCAUUCCCAAUUUCCAGUGUGGCACGCUGGAUGAAGGCGGCACUGGUGGGAACCUGACUGAACGCAACCUCCAGGAUGCUCAGCGGCUCUUUCUAAUGCAUGAUGCUGUGCAGCCGGUGACGGUCAAUCCUCUGCUCACUCAGAACAACGUACGCUUCUCCAAGCUGGUAGUGGACGUUGUGCAGGGUCGCGAUGCCCUUUACCAAGUCAUGUACAUCGGCACUGAAUAUGGCACCAUCUUGAAGACUCUCGCCACAACAAAUACUAUUCUUCAUGGCUGCUACCUGGAGGAGCUCAGGAUCCUUCCUGAUGGACAAAUCGGGUCAGUCAAGAGCCUGCAGAUCCUACAGAGUGACAGAUCAUUGUUUGUGGGGCUCGAUGACAUGCUGGUGAAAAUCCCAUUAGAACGAUGCUCCGACCAUCCUGCUGAGCGAGACUGCCUGGAAGCUCGGGACCCAUACUGUGGCUGGGAUCACAAACAGCAGCGUUGUACAACCAUUGAAGAGAGCACUGACAUGAACCAUUGGACCCAGAACAUCACCCAGUGCCCAGUGAGGAAUCUGAAGCAGGAUGGCGGGUUUGGCCCGUGGGCAACAUGGAAACCAUGCAACCACAAUGACGGCGAGGGUUCCAUCAGCAGUUGCAUCUGCCGGUCCCGUUUAUGUGACGGACCUGUGGCCCGAUGUGGUGGGGUCGACUGUAAAGGCCCAAACAUUCAGGUGGCCAACUGCUCCCGGAAUGGUGGCUGGACGCCCUGGUCUUCAUGGGGCCAUUGUAGCAGCAGUUGCGGUGUUGGUUUUGAAGUGAGGCAGCGCUCCUGCAACAACCCCUCACCUCGUUACGGAGGUCGAAUCUGUGUUGGCCAAGGUCGAGAAGAGAGGCUGUGCAGUGAAAAAAAAACAUGCCCAUUACCAGUGCUGUGGACUGCAUGGGGGCCCUGGGCUCAAUGCAAUGCUGAAUGUGGAGGAGGGGUACAUGCCAGGACCAGAACCUGUGAGAACGGAAACAUCUGUCCUGGAUGCGCCACAGAGUAUAAGACCUGCAAUCUGGAGGCCUGCCCUGAGGUGCGCCGCAAUACGCCGUGGACUCUUUGGAUGCCAGUCAACGUCAGUCGAGAUGGAUCACGCCAAGAGCAGAGAUACAGAUACACGUGCCGAGCAUUGCUAAGGGAUGUCCGGCAACUUCAGUUAGGAAAGAAGAAAAUAGAGAGCAGGUUUUGUCCGAAUGAUGGUUCUGGAACCUGCCAGACUGACUCUCUGGUUGAUGACUUGGUAAAGUCAGGUAGCCGGACUUUGUCACAGCCCAAAGGUACACACUGGGAAUCUUGGGAAACAUGGUCCACCUGUUCCCAGCAAUGUUCCAGAGGUUUUCGAACCCGGAAACGUGGUUGCUCAACAGCAGAGGGCAGGGCCAAUCCAAGUGCGUGUGUAGGAUCCCCCGUGGAUUAUCAAGAUUGCAACAUGCAACCAUGCCCAGUGGGUGGAGCCUGGUCAUGUUGGUCUUCAUGGUCCCAGUGUACUGUGAGCUGUGGGGGUGGCCAUUUUCUGCGGACAAGGUCAUGUGACAAUCCACCUCCUGCCAAUGGAGGUGGGAUCUGUAUUGGUCUUCACACUGAAGAGGCACUUUGCAAUACACACACUUGUGAAGGUUGGGGUGUGUGGUCAGACUGGGGGGACUGUGAUGAGAAGAGCCUCCAGUAUCGCUCUCGCUCCUGCGCUGAAAACCAGGAAGCUACUUUGUGCCAGGGUAACAUUAGCCAGGCCAGACCAUGCCAGACACACGAGGUGGCAGUAAUUUUGCCUGAACAGGAGGACCACAGCUGUGGAACUUUCACGUUGUUCCAGCUGGUCUCCGUGGGCGUGGCCAGUUUUUUUGCAGCUUCCCUCUUGUCGGCGCUGGUCGGCGCCUACUGUCACCAUCUAGGCCGGCCACCCGCAGAGUCAGCGGUCAUCCACCCCAGCACGCACAACCACCUCACAUACAACAAGCAUGACAACGCCACGCCAAAGAAUGAGAAGUACAUUCCCAUGGAAGUUGUGAUGCUACACAAGAACAAUCUUCACGUAAAUGACGACACUAGCCGCCACUUCCCUUCCAGCAACAUGUUCACGACCACCUACUACCCGCCCAACAUGAGCAAGUAUGACUUUCCUUCAGAAGCACCUUGCAGGGCUUACGUGCACAGCUAACAUCUCAAACCGAAUCACCAAAAUCCUCCAGGUGAUUGUGGACGCUAAAAUACCCAAAUGACCUUAUAUCAUUCUAUGGGAUACUUUGCCAACAUCUCAACCAAGAAUUGCAAUUUUGUUUGGCAACUAAGAGAUCAAACAAAGUGAAAAGAAGAAAACCGCUAAGGAUUCACUAAGCAUGCCCAUAUUACUAAUAUUACUAUUUUAUUAUUAUUUCAUUUCUGAAAAGAAGAAAAUGAAAGACAUAACUUCACGGACAGGAUGGAAUGCUGGUCCGUCUUGGACUUUUGCUACUUGCAGAGAAGAGAAUUAUGAAUGAAAACAGAAAAAAACAUGU